GCGACUAUCAUUCCUUCGGCCUCUUUCUCUGCGUCCGCGUCUUUGCGAGCGGUGGAGGAGGAAGGGUGUACGGACUUGCCGUCUGUGCCGAGUAUAGUGUCGCUAAUGGCGGCGGAGGAGAAGGUAGGGGAGGUGGAUUUGUCCUCUUUGAAAGUAGUGGAAUUGGGUGCUACGACGAUUUUGGAGGAACAUCGAGUGUUGGUGGGGAAGGCGUUGAGGUGUGCGGUUGUGACGAACGGGUAUGCGGCGACGGAAGGGGUGCCCAUUUCCUUAGGACGAUUUUCCACCCGAAGUGGCGAGGGAGGCAAGAUCCACACGGGUACAGUAUGUCCUGGCGCGAGGGUGAGGAUUUGCGACGUAGAGAGUGGAAAGGUGGUGCAGAGGGGUGUAGCGGGGGAGAUUCAUUUCGGAGGGGAGAUGUGCAUCAAGGGGUAUGUUGGAGGGACUUCGGCGGAGAGUUUUUACAAGGAUGAGGUGGGGGAGGGGUGGUUUAAGAGUGGGGAUCAGGGGGUUAUGAGGGAGGAUGGGACGUUGGAAGUUGUGGGGAGGUAUAAGGAUUUGAUCAUUCGCGGAGGGGAAAAUAUUGCUCCGGCGGCGAUUGAGGCGGUGAUGGAUGUCAAGUUGGGGAUUAGUGUGAGUUGUAUUGUUGGGGUCAAGAGUGAAGAGGCGGGAGAAGUUCCGGUUGCAGUGUUG